UCACCGGAAGUGGAAUCUGUGAACUUCCGGUCCGGGCCCAACAAAAUGGCCACCCACCAAAGGCCUACCCCCUCCUCGCAGCCGCUGCUUCUCCUUCUGCUGCUGCCCGCCCUGAGCCUCGGCGUCGGGGGAGACGGCCCAGGCGAGCGUGGGGGGCCCGAGGAAGCAUCGGUGGUGUCCUCGGGGCAUUGCGUUCGCUGCUGUGCCUCCGGCACGCCGCCACCCAUCCAACUCAACCUGGCUAUCCUGAGGGGCGACGUGGGCGAGAAGGGCAAGCACGGAGUGGGGGGCCGCAGGGGUCCUCCCGGCCGGACCGGGGUCAGGGGUCACAUCGGAGCCAAGGGGAAUCGCGGCGAGCCGGGACCCCCCGGGAUGCCCUGCAAGCCCCGCCGCGCCGCCUUCUCGCUGGGCCGACGCUCCCCGCUCCACUCGGCCAACGGCUCGGCAGCGUCGCCGCUGCCCUUCGACUCGGCCGCCGUGGCCGUCGGGGGCAGCGUGGACCUCGCUGCGGGCGCCUUCACGUGCGCCGAGGCCGGCGUCUACCACGUGAGCCUCACGGUGCACACGUGGAACGCGCGCGAGACGUACGCGCACGUCAUGCGGAACGGGAACCCCACGGCCGUUCUCUACGCUCAGCCCAGCGGGCGCAGCGUCAUGCAGAGCCAGAGCCUGCUGCUGCCCCUGCAAGUGGGAGACCGGCUGUGGGUGAGACUUCACGAUGGCGACCGACCGAACGCGAUAUUUGGCGACGAUUCGGACCUCUACAUCACCUUCAACGGACAUAUGGUGCAGCCUCUACCGUCAUAGACACUACAUCACGUGACACAACACACACCAUGCAGAUACUACAUCACGUGAUAA